AAAUCCGCGGGGGGGCCCUUCAUCAUCUGCUCGACGUAGCGUACCCGUCCGUCAACAUUCUGGGAUCUCUUGCUUUCCGUUGUCCUUCUUCAGUCACCUGCCAAGCUGGUGCCACCACAGUGAUAGUACCGCAAGAGCUUUCAACGUUAGUCCUCCGCUAUCCCUCUUCCAACCCAACCCCGAGUGUGCGUUGGCUUGGGUGUUCCUGCGUCACCGUGCUGUUCUUUUUUUGGAGCCACAUAUAAGCCAGGACGCGAUGGCGGAAGACAACGGGAAUACCGUGCGUGAGGCUUCGGGCGCCAUGUCCGAGAGUGAAAACGAGUACGAAGAGACGGAGCAGCUCGUCAAAGACGAGGACGAGAAGAUGUCCGACCAAAGGCUAGCCUCGGAAGGUGCCGAUACCAGCGGUGAGGCCAAGAAGAAGUUUGACCCCAAAGAUCCCCUGCGGCCUCGCAGGAAAAAGGCUAGGCGCGCUUGCUUCGCAUGCCAGAGAGCUCACCUAACUUGCGGGGAUGAAAGGCCGUGCCAGCGCUGUAUCAAGAGAGGGUUGAUGGAUAGUUGCCAGGAUGGCGUCCGGAAAAAGGCCAAGUAUCUCCACGACGCGCCCCCUGAGGCGUUGAGACCGGUGCUGGGCCCAAAUUACAACCCGAACCCAACACCAUCACGGCAGAAUGGCCAUCGGAAUUCGACCGUCUCGAACUCCGAGACGUCAUCCAACCAGGGCACCUUCUUCUCGCAGUCCACCGCCACCCAGUUUCCCAUGUUUUCCGCCUCUCAAACCCCAAUAGGAAGCAUGUCGGAGAGCCUCCCGUUCGCAAGCCAACAGUCUCCCGUAUCCCCGUCCUUCCAGGCAUCAGGAAACCAGCAAAUAAGCGGCAUGACCGUGCCCCAGGUAUCGAGCCCCAUGGCGAACUUCGGCGCAUUGCCCUUUGAUCCGAGCGAUCCGAACAUCUUUAACUUCAAUCUCGAGGGACUUAACUUUGGCAGUCAAUAUGGUGCCAUGGAGUUCGGCAUGCUCGGGCACAUGUCGUCGGGCGCUGCCGAGACGCCUCCGCAAGACAACAACACCAUGCCGCGGUCGGCGAGCGGCAGCCUCAGCUUUGGGCCUGGGGUCUUUGGGAACGGUGUUAAUCAAGUGUACGAGGGCAGUGUCUUGGAAGGGUUCCUCGGCCUCGACGCGAAUCACAACGGCGUCUACUCGCAGGGUAACCUGCAACAUGGCCUGCCCCACGCAUACGCGAUCGCCGCAGGCCCUACGAGCGUUCAGAGCCCAAGCACCGACACCAACAGCCCGCAGCCGACUCCCCUCGGCUUUGAAGGUUCCCCCACGACGACGACCUACUCGUCGGCGCCCGCAAACAAGUCGGCGAACCAGCGGUCCGCCACGAGACAGUCAAACGCCCUGUCGAAACUCGGGCAGCAAUCAAUCCUGGGAAAACGCCAGCGGGACCCCUCGUUCAUCUACGAUUCCGUCAAGGAGCCGUUCGGUUACGUUGCGAGCUUCCACAAGCUCUUCGGCCUCAUUCAGAGCCGGUUUUCGGCGGCACACACGUCGCGCAUUGCCAAAUCGCUGGCCAGCAUCCGGCCGUCUCUGAUGGCAUCCACAAGAAACCUGACGAGGCAGGACCUUGUCUUCAUGGAGAAGUACUUCCAGCGGUCGCUAUUCGAGUACGAGGAGUUCAUGCACCAAUGUUCCAGCCCCACGCUCGCCUGCAGACGGACGGGAGAAGUGGCAGGCGUGAACAAGGAGUUUACCGCGCUCACAGGAUGGACAAAAGAUGUGCUGCUCGGAAAAGAGCCGAACCGAAACGUCAACCUGGGCGGUUCCGCCGCGGCCAGCUCCAAUGCCAAGGGACGAGUCGGUCUCGCCACCCCGCGCCUCAAGAGCCUGAACACGGAAAGCCUCGGCUCGGCAGACGGACCACAACCCGUGUUUCUCGCAGAAUUGAUGGACCAUGACAGCGUCGUCGAGUUCUACGAGGAUUACUCCCAGUUGGCUUUUAACGACAGCCGAGGGCACAAGACGCGCAAGUGCCGGCUCCUCAAGUACCGCCCGCCGGAGAAAGAGGACGGCGCGACCGAGGGCAACGCCGACGAGCCGACGCCGCAGAAAGAUCCUCGGAGUAGUAUCCUGAGCAACCGCGUGGCCAAGAUCGACGGCGAGCACGGAAUAUCGAGGCUCGAGCGCGACGGCAAGCUCGAGUGCAGCUACACAUGGACCAUCAAGCGUGACAUGUUUGACAUGCCUAUGUUGUUUGUCAUUAAUUUCCUGCCGUGCUAUUACCGCAGCAACAAUCAGCUAGCCGUAUGAGGGGAGCAUGUGGACUUUCAACACGGGAUAUAAAAAAAAAGGAGAUGCGACAUGGGACACUGACGGUUAUCAGGCCGGGCGUUUAAGCGGAUGCGUUACUGACUUUCUGUCUACUUUUUUUUUUUCACUCCUUGUUCAUGGAGUUAUAUUUUCUGGGGUCU